AUGACCAAUCCCAAGUUCUGGUACUCGCCGUCUUCAUGUUCUCUAGCCCCACACAUCCUCCUUCGCGAACUGGGCUUGGAGGCAGAAACCAUCCAAAUAACGGAUUUUGUCCCGCGAAGCCUUUGGCUCGAUCAAUCCCAAGCUCCUUGCCCCCGUCCUCUAUGUCGACCGCGAAAUCAUAACGGAGCAUACGAGUGGAUGAAUUGGCUCACUUCCCAGCUGAACGCUGGGUUAUUUGGAAUGCUUUUCGGACCUGCCCGCUUUACCGAUGAUCUUGACGGGGUAGAUGGAAUUAAAAUGAGCGCGACGCAGAGGGUACAAGAUGAAGAGGGUACAAGAUGA